GUAAUAAAUAGUGGAAUGCGAAAUGAGAAUAAAUUUGACAGGUUUCGUUAGAAGCAGAUGUAUACAAACUUUAUUCACUAUUCUCCUACUGCUAAUCAGAAUCCCUUUAGUUUCUUGUUUCUUUGUUUUUGGGCAGGUUGGUUUGCAUUACGAAGCUAAGGACUUCACCCUCUCUCGUGGUAAUUAAGACAAUGGAGCAGGCAUCGGAUUCGAACGCAGAGAAUAUAAUGGAACUGCCUCAGCCUCAGCCUAAGAAGACGGAAUUGAAUGCCCGGCUUGAUAGGUUGCUUAAGUUACAGCCAGAGCCACAUCAUCCUCCACAACCCAGGAUUCAAGAAAUUCCUGGUUUUCUGGUUAAUAAAAAUUUGAAUAAGUAUCGUUCACCACAGAUGAUAUCGUUUGGUCCCAUUCAUUAUCAUGAGCUUCUUUCCAGUCUAGGACAACAACUCAAAACUACUUGGGCACGCCGGUAUGUUGACAAAUUAAGGGAAAAAAAUCAAGAACAAUCUGAAAAUGCAAAUGAUCGAAUAGUGUCUCUGUACGAAACUAUAACAACAAAGAUUCCGGAAUUGAAGAAUUUGUUUAGUAACGACAUUAUUCAACGAUAUAAUAAGAAUGAUGGGCAGCUGGCUGAUAUGUUGUUUGUGGAUGGAUGUGCUUUGUUGUUUUUCAUGGAUGCUGUUGAUGAACGACAUCCAGAAAAGGUGGGCCUAGUGAAGCUUGACCAGUUGACGUAUAUAUGGAGAGAUGCCAUUUUGUUGGAAAACCAACUUCCAAUUCAGUUACUGGAGCUUCUAAGCUAUAAGGACCAAGAGAGUCAGUUGCACAACUCAUUUUACAAUUUUCUAUUCAUGGGAUUACCAAGGAGAAAUCGAGAAGAUUCAUUAUUCACUUGGUCAGAUGAACGUAAACCAGCUCAUCUUCUGGACUAUAUUCGCUUGUUUUACACGUCAUCACCACUUGAGGUAAAGCUUUCUCUGCUUGAUGUCUCUAUUAGCUUCCGUACUAGAUUAUUGGAAAAAGUGGAAACUCUACCUCUCAGACAAGAAGAUCCUUGGCAUAUAUAUAAGAACAUACGGGAUCUUAGAAAUGUAGGAAUUCAGGUGAAAGCAAAUACUUCUGAAUGGAAAUGGGGUAACAUAUCUUUUACCUCCAACUUGUUUAGCGGACAACUGAUGCUUCCAGGGAUUGUAGUUGACGAUGUCGCACCUUAUCUCUAUUACAACAUGAUUGCAUAUGAGAUGCUUCCUGAUUCUCAGAACAGCUUCCAGUGCUGCUCCUACUUCUUUCUAAUGGAUUCCCUGAUUGAUGAUGCCGAGGAUGUGAAGGAGCUCAGAUUAGCUGGUGUCCUUCAGAAUUUCCUCGGAAGUGAUGAAGAAGUGGCCAAACUCUUCAAUCAGUUAGGGGGUUUAUUGCCCGCUAAAAUGUUCAAUUGCACCACAAAAACAGGUACCCUGGCCUAUAACGAUAAAUAUAUUAAAAUCAAGCAUCAGAUUGAUAAGCAUUAUAGAAAUAAAUGGAAGACAUGGCGGGCUCAAUUACACACCACUUACUUCAAUAACCCGUGGUCUAUCAUUGCCUUUCUUGCAGCUGUCUUGGCAUUGUUUCUCACUUCUGUCCAGACAUGGUACGCUGUAUUUCCUAAAUAAGUUCAGUUAUAAACUGAUAACAAACUCACAAAAUAAGGUUUAAUUUGCACCUACCUGUAGUAGAAAAAGAAUAAGAAAUCUUGUUAUGUUGUGAUGUAAACCCCUCCCUCCCUCCCUUUCUUUUAUGAUUUUGCAUGAGAGGUGUAAUGCUAUGAUGGAUAACGUUUAGGAGACUACU